CGGAACAAAUAUCUAAAAAAGUUCUAAGAAAAAAACAUAAAAGUAGAUAAGUGUUAAGCAUUUUUGGAACAAUUUAUUAAAAUGAUAAAGAAGGAUAAUCCUAUCUUCGAUCUUCAACCAAGCGGCAAUCUAUCAAGCAGCAUGUUGGAGGAUAUAGCUAAUUUGACGGACACUCAACUGCAUUUAUUGCUGCUCCAGAAUGGAUUAUCGGAUUAUCCGGUGACCGAUGACUCGCGGAACGCAAUAAUUAAUAUGUUAAUAAUGACUUGGAGUGAUGAGCAGAGAGAAAUAAUUAAAGAACAAAUACGAAAGGCCAAGGAUGCAAAAUAUUUGCUAGAGAAUAUUCGCGAGGCAUUACCCGAAGAAGAUAAGACUAUAGUAGAAAAAUCGUCACUCAUUCAAAGUAUUGUUAAGAACAUAAACUGGGUUAGGACCCAUUGGAUGGAAUUUUUUCUUUUGAUCUUUUUGGCUUUAAUAACUGGCACCUACAUUUCGCGCGUCUAUUAUACAAAAAACAACCUCGUCGACAGACUUCCGACCAAGUAUGUCCUUUGUCAGACUACCUUGCGGGACGAUUGUAUUUAUAAGGACUCUAUUAAGAAUGCUCUGAAAAUCGCUAGGGAUAUAUAUGAAAUACUGGAAGCACAAGCCAUAAAUCAUCACUGUUAUGAUGCAAACACCGCCAUGUUGAAAGCCAACGACUAUAUAAAAACUUCCAAGUAUUCCCUUGAGGACAAUUUCAAGACCUCUUUCCAAGAUGCCAAGUAUCUGAUAAGCUUGAAUUGCCAUUGGAAUAUCCGACUGCUCGACGAUGAGGACCUUGGGGGGCUUUUUUUUUUUUGGAGGAUAUUGAUUUGCCUCUUCUGUGCGUGUUUCAAAUUCAAAAAAAAAGAUUCCUUAUGGCGGUAGGGUUUCUAGGCCUGGCUAUCAGCAUCGGGUCCAUAACAUACGUCUUUUGGGAGUUCUUUGAGAAAAAAAAGUCAAAGGUCGUUAAGGACUUUGCCGAAAAACUAGCCACGGAUAUAUUUCACGAAGUCGUUAAGGAGGAAAAGUCUCCAGAGCUGGACUUGGAUCGUCUUAUUGAAGAUCUGAUGCCGCAACAGGCUAAUAAGUUGUACGACAAGAUAGUUUUACGGACUCUCGAUAUCCUGAAAGAAGAUCUACGUGUGGUCCUACGCGACGAUGAACAUGAAAACGACUACAUUCGUACCAUUUCCUGGAACCCGAACACAUUGAAGACCAUGUGGCAGAGACCCGUUGUCCAGCUUUUGAACUUGACUGAACUGUCCACCACUUGCCUGAAGGUAUCGAAUCUCAUGAAUGGCACCGAAAAGCCAACCGUCAACUCCAAGUCCUACAUCGUCGGAUUGAUUCACGCAAAAAUGGCCGAAACCUCGCAGAAGUAUAACAUUCUAAUCGACUGGGAGACCUUUGAUGUACUGAUAAGGUGCUCCACUAAGGUGGAUGCUGGAGCACUGUACACCCAGCUACACGGAUGGUGGUUCAACCGUCGACUUCUAAUAGCUGAAUACAUUUCACUGGACUAUUUCAUUGAAUACUUACCACGGCAUGCCAGCGUCCCUCUUGGGAAGAAGAUAGCGCCCAGGAGCAGCACACCUAACACCUAACUCGUACAUCUACAGACUAUUAUACACUAUCUUACAAUAUCAUACAUUAUCGUACACUAUCCUAUGUCAUCCUUAACUAUUCUACAUUAUCCUAAAUUAUUCUAAACUAUCCUACACCAUCCUACACGGAUAUAUUCAAUGAAGUUAGAGAAGAAAAGAGUCCAGAGCUGAACUUGAAAAGUCUUAUUAAAGAACUGAUACCGCAAAAGGCUAAAAAUUUACACUACAAGAUAGUUUUAAGAACUCCUGGUAUAUCCUGGGAGAAGAUCAACGUGUGAUCCUACGCGUCGAUGAACAAGAUAACUACAACGUUCCUACCAUUUCCUGAAACUCGACCGCAUUGGCAGCGUCCAUCGUUGAAAGGAGAGAGCCGCACACCUCACAUCCAACACGUACA